AUGGUUUGGGCCCUCUGCGUCUCUGGCUUUGCAGUCGGUGGACCGAUUGGCUCACUUGCGGGAGGCCGACUCAGUGCCCAACUUGGCCGCAAGAAGACGAUGCUGGCCAACUCGUGCGUCUUUCUGCUGUCGGGGGCCAUCAUGGCGUUCGCGACCAACAUCUACAUACUCAUCGCCGGUCGGUUCCUCGUGGGUAUCGCCUCCGGUACAGCCACGGUCAUUGUGCCGCUGUAUCUCGGAGAACUGGCGCCGCCCAACCUCCGCGGAGCUUUGGGCACCACGUACCAAGUUGCGAUGGUCGUCGGCAUCCUGGCCACCGAUAUCCUGGCAUUCGGCUUCGCAGGAGAGAGUCAAGGCUUCACUCAUCCAGGCUGGCGUCUAAUGUUCGGCCUCGCGGGGAUUCUGGGAGCUUUGCAGCUUGUCCUGACUCCGCUGCUGAUCGAAAGUCCUCGCUGGCUGCUGAACAAUGGCAAGGCCAAGGAAGCGGAGGAGACUCUACGCCGUCUGCGUCAGUCUGAUGAUGUUUUCGACGAACUCGACAGUAUUUCCGCUGCUGACGCCGGGGAGUCGGGAGAUGUUCAAGGUGUGGGGGAAGUUCUCAGGGACAGGAGCAUCCGCUUGCCUCUGCUUGUCGCCGUGGUGCUGCAACUCGCGCAGCAGUUGAGUGGCAUCAACGCCGUCAUGUUCUACGCCAGUUCGUUCUUCCAGAACGCGGGGCUGGAGGACCCGUUGGUGGGGAUCACACUUGUUUACAUCGUGAAUGUGCUGGCGACGAUUGUGGCGCUGAUGCUCAUGGACUCAGCCGGACGUCGGCCGUUGCUGCUCUGGUCGGUGGUGGGGAUGCUCGUAUCGAGUGGAGUCCUGACGGUGGGGCUCAUGGAUCUGCUGCCGUUUGCCAGCAUGUUCAGCGUCGGAGGGGUCAUGAGCUUCGUCUGGUUCUUUGAGAUCGGCCUGGGCCCGAUCCCGUGGCUCAUCGCAGCCGAGAUGUUCCCGCCCAAGUCGCGCACGACGGCGACGUCCAUCGCCACGAUGGUCAACUGGCUGGGGCUCUUCAUCAUCGGAAUUGUGUUCCCCACCAUGCAGAACGCGCUGGGCGACUACAUCUUCGUGCCGUUCGCGGCUCUGCUCGCUCUCACGCUCGCGUUCUCGCUCAAGUUCGUGCCGGAGACGAAGGGCAAGACCCUCGACGAGAUUCAAGCAGAAAUCAACCCGUACUAA